AUGCAAGGCGACGAAGAGGCGGACGCGGCAGCGCGGGUGAUCCAGCGCAUGGUGCGUUGUCAUGCGGCGCGCCGGUUCAUGCAGCACAUCGCGACGUCGGUCUACCGCAAGUGCUACGACGACACGUCGGGGCUCUACUAUUACUGCAAUCUCCGGACUGGCGACACGGCGUGGGACCGCCCCCGCGUCUUCUCUGCUCUUGUCGAUGCACCUUUUUUCUCGGUCGACCUGCUGUCGGCGGCAGACGAGAAGUCGACGCCAGAGGUCGAUGGAAUCGUUGAUGCACUGCCCAUCAAGACGCGCAAGAUGCAGCGAGACGAGCUGGCACGCUUGCGCCAAGAAGGCCUAGCACUAAUCGCGCGCCGCGCCGAUGCCAAAGCGUCGCUCGAAGCGUCGCAGCGCAAGAAGGUGCAUCAAGGACGCAAGGCAUGGGAGAAGCGGUGUCUGCAGCAAAACGAAGAAGCGCGGAUGGAGCGCCGGCGCCACGUGGCCGCCGAGAACAAGCAGCUUCUCCAGACGCUCCUCGACGGCACCUAUAAACCACAGCUCGGGUCAAUACGCGAUGCCUGUAUGCGCGGGGAUGUCGCCCGCGUCGCAGACCUCUUGCAGCAAGGGUUCAGCGCCAAUGCAGAGAGCGCCAUGGGGCUCACGCCGCUGCUCGCUGCAUGCAGCAAUGGCCAGCUGGCCGUCGUCCAGCUCCUUCUCGACGCCAACGCGGACGUCGACCACCGUCACGUGAAGCCGCAGAUGACGCAGCGAACGCCGUACAUGGAAGCAUGUGAGCGCGCCGAAUGCGCCGAUCUUGCGUGA